GCUGAAUACUUCCGUCAUCUGCUUAAACCUGUCACGUAGUUUGAUUCCUCAUCCGCGUUAUAAUAUUGAAGUGGUAUUCCGAUUUUUCCAUUUGUAUUUCUAUUCCUGAAACAAGCAGCAAGUUGUUGAGCCCAGCAGAUCGAAGCACAAUCAAUCAAAUUUGGUGCUUUUGUGGUUGAAUGGUUAAGUUCAAAAAAUUUUGGCAUUACCCACAAAAUUCUGAUUGGCGGUUGCCUGAUUUAAACUUCAUGACCACCCCUUUUGAAUCCAGGCAACAAGAAUGCAUUCGUGCAAAUACAAACCGUGGUGCUUGUAUGCUUUCUACAAACAAGGAAUCACCAGGGGCCGCAGUUCCCCUUUUUUCUUCUCUGAGGACAGAACAAGCAAAUGAAGCACAUAGUUUGCUUCAUUGUUAUCCUCCUAGCUUCCAGGCUUCGCCUUCUGCAAAUAUCUAUCUCAAAGAAAACCAAUCAGUGUUUUCUUCUGAUCAGGGCAAAAAGGCUGCUGUAAAUGGUAUCACUGGAUCCCCCCAGAAGCAAUUUCUUGUUUUUGAUCAGUCUGCAAGUGGUACGAGGUUGUUUUACAGCUCUGUUUUCCCACCUGUCCAUGAUCGAAUGACAGUAGCUGCAAAACUUGCUUCUGGGUAUAAAUCACAGUAUGAAGCAGAGGCAGUUCAGUUGAAUGAAGUCCAUCCAGUGAAUCCAGUUUUACACGGAACAUCUUAUGAGAAUCAUGAAAGUGAAGGAAGUGAGAUGCAUGAAGACACUGAAGAAAUUAAUGCAUUGCUUUAUUCAGAUGAUACCGAUAAUUAUGAUGAUGAAGAUGAAGUAGCAAGUACCGGUCACUCCCCUACUACAGUUGGGGAUAAAUAUGAGAAGCGAAGUAGAGGUGAGGAAAUACUAGAGGAAGUUGCUAGCACUGAUGAUUCAAACAAAAGGCAGAAACUGGUUGAUGGUUGGUACAAGAGAUCAUCACUAAUGGAUACCGCUAGUUCAGUAAAAGAUGAAGGGUCUCACGUGUAUGACAAUGAUGCGGAAUCUUGCCAUGCUAUAGGCCAAACUCAAGGUGCAGAAAUGGUUUCCAUUUUGGGGAACAAACCAUCUAGAAAGGAUAAAAUUCGCGCAACCAUGGAAAUUCUUGAGAUCAUAAUUCCUGGAGCAAAGGGCAAUGACCCAUCUUUGGUACUUGACAAAGCAAUAGAUUAUUUGAAGUCCUUGAAGGUUAAAGCCAAAACCCUAGGUUUGAACGAUUGAGUUUCACUCCCUCUUUGCAUGGUAGUAUGUUGGUUAAAGGGUAGGAAUGGAGAAUGAAAAGGUGGCAGGAAAAGCAAGAAUUCUUUGCGUGUAUAAUUGAUGAGUUUGAAAGCACUGAGCUGGGGCUUUUGUCAUUUAGGCUCGCUUAUAAAUUUUCUGUUUUUGCCCUUAAGAGCUGCACAUCAUAAGAGGGGGCAGGAAGUGAAGGGGAAAUAUGGGUUUUGUUUGUUGACAAGAAAUGAUCCAUCUUUUUUACUUUUUGCGGGAUUAAAGGUCAUAAAGAUUUGAUGAAGUCACAAAGUAAUUGAAGGCAUGAGGAGGGUUUGUCAGUGCUAAGCUGUGCUGGAAAUGAGGGCCCUCUUUCCACUGGAAGUGGUGAGAACAUCCAUGGAUUUAGUGCAUGCGCGUUAGGUAACCAUGUCCCACCUUCAACUCUCUUUUUUAUCUACUUGUUGAUUUUAUGCCUUUGUCGUCACUUUAUCCUCACUCACAUCAUGCUGGUAUUAAUCUCUCUAAAGUGUGGAGAAAGUUUAUGGGGCUGUACAGUGUUUACAUGAUUGAGUGUUUGGGUCCACCAUUUGAUCCAAAUCAAGUGUAAGAUAAGCUAAGCUGGCUUGCUCUCACACCCAUGUUUCCAUUGGAUCUGUGGUACUUGUACUGUAUGCUGUGGCAUGUGAAUCUAGCCCUCGUUCAGUGAAGGUGCAUGCAAGUGUGUAUGUAUUGUGAUUAUGGAGUGGUGUGCUACUUCUACUACUUCUAUGCAAGUUUUGUCUUUCUCUACCGUAGCAGUACAUGAAUUAUGAGCAUUCAAGACCAAAAAGAAAAAGAUAGGAGUGAUUAUGAUGGUGGUGUGAUAAUAAGUAGUGAUUGGUCUCUUUUCUUUUUGUUGUUUCUGUUGUGUGGUACUACUAUCCCUAUUGAACGUUUGUACGAGUCUUUUAAUAAUAUAAAAAAUUUUAGCA